AUGUAUAAAUUUCUAUAUCAUAUUCUAUCUAUCUAUCUAUCUAUCUAUCUAUCUAUCUAUGUCUUUCUCAUUCUUGCAUUAUUUUACUUCAUUAAAAAACUAAAUCGAAGAGAAAAUCGAAUUUUGCGAGACGAUGCGGACACCGUUCUGUCGCUGUCUCCGUUCUCUGUUGUUAUUAUUCAUGAUAUGGCUGAUAAACUUUCUUUUACUGCUGGAAAGUGUCGGAUGUUCAAGCAGCAUUUUGCCAGACUGUCAACUAUAUUAGUGUGUAUAUCACCAUUUUUCUACGGAUCCAUUAUUCGUGAAUCUAUCUAUCUAUCUAUCUAUCUAUCUAUCUAUCUAUCUAUCUUAUCUAAUCGAUGUUUUGUCUUUCCUCACUAUUUCUUCUUGUACAGUUGUUAUUUUCAUUUCUUUGAAAAUUGUUGUCAUGUCUGGCUGCGAAAUACCAAAGUUGACAACUUUACCGCUUCUCUUCUUUUCGAAUUCCCCUCCUCCUUCGCCCCCCACCCCUCACACGUCCUGAAAGUUGGCUUCAUGCAGUCUCUCUGA